AUGAACGUGUGCGAUUUGUCGGUCUUUAGUUUUAUUGAUCGCUUAAUAUCGAAGUCAACAUCUCAGUUAACUAUUCAUGGACUCAGUAAUAAAAAGCUGAAAAGGAUUCUGCGGAUUCAGUCUUAUGACCUGAAUUUCAAUUUCCAGAAAGGGCCACACAAAUAUUCAAGUGGCAAGGUUUUUCAUCCCCGAAAUGGUAUCUUUGAAAAGUUGCACGAAAUUAUAAAGUUUGAAUUGGAAAAGUCCGGAAAUGAGAAACAAGCUCGUCGUCUUGAUGCUUUAGUUAAUACCCUUCCGGAAAUUAAAGAAUUUACGAGUCAACUUAUUUUUAUAUAUCUUAUUGCCAACAGAACUUGCAAAUUUUACGGUGAUUCUGAGAUGUAUGAACAUUCCGAGACUUAUUUAAAUCCUGAAUCAUCUGUUUCAUACAGCAAACUCACAGGUCUUAGUAAUUUUGGAUGUAUCAGUCCUUUCUCAUCAGUGAAAAUGCCAUAUUUGUCUACAACUUCAGUUAAUGCUUAUACGUUCCCAUCGGAGAACAUAGCUCUUAGUAAUCACUGUGCAUCAAGUGUUCUAUUGAAGACCAUUCGCACCACCGCUUAUUCGAAUAACAUGUUUAACGUUGACCCUACUGGUGUUCCGAGUAGCAUUCACAUGAAUAACAAUUGGAUGAGGUUUAACAUCCCAAAAGCUUCACGAUGUCCAACAAUUUCUAGCGAUAUAAAUUGUACUCGCCCUUUGCCUAGAACAUUGGAUGAAGAAGAUGAAGGUUACUGUGAGUCAUUUGUUAGGACAGAUUACCGUUUACUGAAUAAUGAAGACAUAGAAAAUGCCAUAUUUCGUCUUUUUUCUCAAUAUUCUACGGCCAUCGGUCAAAUGCUGGUCAAUGAAAUAUUCUACUCAUCUUUUGAACCAUAUUUCAAGGGGAUUCGGAGUGAUACAACUCUUCUAGCCAACAAAACUUUGGAUACUAUUUUGCCACCAGUAUCUCCAAGUUAUGUCCAGAACUUUUCUUGGGAAUCCAGAGGGAUCGGAUGUCUAAACAAGGAACUACCUUAUUUGAGUGAAACUGGUCCAAUUUCUGCCGAAGCUGUUCUCGCUGCCAAAAAGUCGAGAUUUGGUUUUUUGUCGAGCAAUAGCGAAGCGGAAGAGGCCCAAUCAACUGUAAAGCUUCAGAGUACCAUAAUAAAAUUGCCACUUACAUACAAUGAUAACUUUCUGCACGAUCUUUUGGUGUUGAGGUUAGGCAUUCAGUCUGAUAGAUUCCAGUUCUUGGGAACUUCCAGACCAAGUCAGACUGAAAAUGUUAAGCACUCUUUUUCAUAUCCACUAACUGGUCAUUUCUUGUGGAUACCACAUAAAUGUGAUCCUAUUACGUUGGGCGUUUCAUCCCAGUGCUUAUCACAUUUCGUCACUGAUCAUAUGAAAGUUGGAACUAAAUACAGACAGCUGUGUUGGUUUGCCCAUCACUCUAUUUCGCUCAUUCCGACUUGUGAAUCUGAUAAGUCUGUUUGGCUCGGACAGAUAUGGGCUUGCUUUAUUCAGGGAUUAAAAACUUGGUUACGUACGUACGAAAACUCGGUUCACUCAGUGUUAUCGAAGCUAUCGAACAUUGGCGAAUCUAAACUUCUUCUUAUUACAGAGAGCUUACAUUAUCUUUCAAAACAGAUUGAGUUUGUCUCCGACUUAUGCAUGCUCAAUUAUGAUCAAUCAGAUGUUUCCACAUAUCCGCUGACUAAACUUCAUGGCAUAGCGUUAUUGGCCUACUUAAUGUCAAAGACAGAUGGUUGUAUGUCUCAUGGAUGUGAACCAAUUGUAAGAUUGUUAUUUAAAGAAGCUGCUCGACCGUUUAUCAAAUUUCUUGAAGUGUUUGCUUUAGACGGAAUUUACGAUGAUAUUGGUAAUGAGUUUAGUUUGAUUGUUUCAAGUGAACAUUUAUUUAAACAAGAUAGUUCAUUUUGGACUGAAAGCUUUCAUUUUUCAACAUACGAUCAAAUACUGAACAUUGAUAUUGGGACCGAGAAGCUUAUACGAGUUGCAUUGAGUCAGCUUUUACCAUCCGGAUUUAAAGAGGAAAUCUUGUGUUGUGCUAAGUCUGUGCUGUUAUUGAGGUCAAUCUGUCCAAAGCAUUUUCUAUUUCACACUCGCUCAAAAUUCCCAACACUUUGUUUUCUGGAGACUAUUGAAGAAAUGUCGGAUUAUAAUGAUGCAUUCAAAAAAUACCAAAAAUUAUUACAAGAUACAGCCUAUGAACAUACAGCUACAAGAAAGCAAAAGAUUACCCAAAUGAUUAUUGAACGACAAAAUUUCUUGAAAUAUGUGAGUCAAGUUCAAUCAUCAAGAGUCGCGGCCAUUGAAGCUAAACGACGUGAACGAUUAGAGGCAUAUUUAACUAAACAGCAAACUGAAUUCGCUGAUUUAAAGUUCGCGGCUGAAAAUGCGGCUAAACAACGUCAAGAAGCAAUAGAAGCUGAAAAGAAAGCUGAUCAAAUGCUGUUGGAAUCAAUUUCUAUGUCUAAUAAGUAUCAAGAAGAAGUGAUAGCUGAAACCAAAGCUGAAUUAGAAGCAUUUUACACGAAUUUAAUACAACAAGCUGAUGAACGUAGAUUCAGUUUUGAAAAACAUAUUAAAAAUGAUCAUAUUCUUAUUGAGGCAUUGGAACCAAGUGCUAUUAAAGCAUUAGAAUUUAAAGCAAAUCGUUUUGCUCCCAUGGGUAAGGAUAAAUGGAAUGAAAAUUCAAUUAAUGAAAAAUCUUCAGUUGAAAUUACUCCAAGUAUAUUUAAUCAGUCCUCUGAAAUGUGUAUCAUUUCAUCUGAAAUGAUUCAACAAGAAAAUAAUGAUCAUCAACCACAAUUACAAUUUCAUACUGUACAAAAUGAAAGAGAAAAUAACUUAGUUAAACCCGAUAAUUUAUUGAGUGAUGAUCCUUUAACAAUUCUACGUAUUAAAUUUCGUCAGCGUAAUAAAGAUGGAUGCAUAUUCAAAGAUCAAAUGUCAGAGAUAAUUUAUGGAGCUCAUGAAAAAUGUUCAGAUGAAAAAUCGAUUGAGCCUAAAUUUACCAAAUCUGCCGAUGUAAAUAAUUUGAAUACUUUAACAUCUAUGAAAUCCUUUCGGGAACGUAAUACUUUUGGUCAUUCUUCUGAUUCAACUAUUCAGCAUAUACUCUAUGGUAAAGGUCUUGGUCCAUCAUCUAGGCCGUCAGUUUGGGAAGCAGAACGUGAGAAAGAGGAUGCAGUUCGCUUAGCUACGGAACUGCCUGAACCGGACGCAGUCACAUUUUAUAAAGAAGCCUUAGAAUUUUCGGACGGUACGUCACCAGUAAAACCGUUUACCAAAGAAUUCCCAUCACUUGAUCAAAAUUGUCUUUCUGUGUCGUCAAUAUUCAAAAACUCGGAUUCAUCUGUACAGUCUUCAAAUGAACUUGACAAUUUGUUUAAAAAUUCAAAUGGUUCACUAUUAAUGCCCUUAAGUGUACUAAUCAACCGUUCCUUGAUUUGGCCUCUCAGUAUUCACAUGAAACAUGUUAACAAAACACUGUGCAAUUAUUUCAUAUUUGAUCUUCGUCUAUGUGAUCACUUUUAUUGUUUGUAUGAAACUUAUUUCCUAAACAAUGGAAGUUUUGCUCAACCAUUAUUGAAUGCUUUAUUUCAUAAGGCUUCUGGAACAGUUUAUGAUCGUGCCAGCAUAUUUGAUACACAUUAUCUUCAACAGCUUUUAAAAUCAGUCAGUUCAGAAAUGUCAAAUCAACAAAUAUUAUCAAAUUUUAAUUCAGAUCUUAAUAAUAAUGAUAAACAUGACGAUAUUUCUGUUAAUUCUCCACUGUUAAACAUUACAAACUUGAUUAAGAAUUACUUAGAUUUGAUCUCCUUGUCGUCAAUAUCAACAACAAAACAACUAUCAACUAUUGAUUCUUUAAAUAAUGAUUUCGAUAUAGAAUCAAAUCAUUCUAUAGCUGAUAAUAGUUCAUCUAUUAUUGACCAAUAUGAAUAUAUAUCUUUUAAGAAUUUACAUUUAAUGUAUAAUGCUCCAUGGCCAAUUAAUCUUUGUUUUAAUGUUAAUAUAAUAAAAAAAUACAAUUGUAUAUUUCAACGUUUAAUCCAAUGUCAAUUUGCUCUAUGGGCAUUGAAUUCAUGUAUUAUACAAUUAAAAAAUGAUCGUAAUUAUUGUUUAAAUCAUUUAUUAAACUUAAGAAAUAUCUCUUCAUCUUCGACUUUAUCAUCACCAUCAUCAUUCAAUACUCUAUUUGAUCAAUUAUCAAAAUCAUUUCAUUGUAUCUAUUUAUGGUUACAUGAAUUACAUCAAGUUAUUCAUAGUUUAAAUAUGCAUUUAUCAAAUCAUGUUAAUGCAUGUUGGAGUAAAUUUAUGAAAUAUUUAGGAUUAUCUAAUACAUUUUAUAAUUUUAUGUCCGAAGGUAAUUCAUUUAAAAUGUAUAAACAUAUCAUAGAAAAUAUUAUAGAUAAUGAAGAAUCUAUUAAAAGUGAACAAAUUAACAAUUUGAAUGUGUUGUUCAAUGCACAUGAAAAUUAUUUGAAUGAAAUUCUAUCUGGGCUUUUGCUGGAUGUAUCAGAUAGUGAAUUAAAUCUACUUUUCCAAGGUUUGCUCACAUGUGCACAUCAGUUUCAUCGUGCUUUAUUAACAGGAAGAUGGAUUGUUAAAUCAUCGCAUCAUCAGUUUAGUGAUAUUGAUGGUACUCAACAACAGUUAUUGAGUAAUGAACAGAUUGAGCAUACAGAAUGGAGGCAGUUGUAUGCGGUUCAUGCAAGUUUUCGAAGUUACAGUCAAUUUUUAAGACGUCGUGUUAAUCGAUUACUUGUUCAUGAUACUACUGAUGGAGGUAGCAGUGUUAGAAGCGCUAGGUCAAAAUUGGCACAGUUAACUAUAAUAUUUGGUUUAAAUGAUUUUUAUACUUCAACAAAUGCUGAAUUAAAUAUUAUUUGA